AUGAGCGGAGAAGCACCCUUCAAGAAUUUCGGAACUGAUGCUAUCCACGCUGGACAGGAACCAGAAAAGUGGGACUCUCGAUCGGUCGUUCCCUUGAUUGGUCUUUCUACUACCUUCAAGCAGGUUUCACCCGGAGUUCUCCGUCACGACAGAUACGAGUACUCUCGAGGAGGCAACCCAACCCGAGAAUGCCUUGAAGAGUGCGUUGCCAAGCUCGAAAAUGGAAAGCACGCUCUUGCUUACGCUUCUGGACUCGCCGCUACCAUGUCAAUGGUUGAAGCACUUCUUGAGAAUGGCGACCACGCUGUUACCGGAGACGAUCUCUACGGAGGAACCAACCGAUAUUUCAACAAAGUCGCCUCCAAGCACGGAGUUGAAUUCACCAUGGUUGAUGUUCGAAACCCUGAUAACGUUGUCGCUGCCAUCAAGCCAAACACUAAGAUGGUCUGGUUCGAGCUUAUGUCCAACCCACUUCUUCGAGUUGGAGAAGUCAAGACCAUUGCUGAGAAGGUCCACGCUGUCAACAAGGACAUUGUCGUUUGUGUCGACAACACCUUCCUUACAUGCUACAACUCUCGACCUCUCGAUCUUGGAGCCGAUGUUGUUAUGCAUUCCGCCACAAAGUACAUGAAUGGUCACUCUGACGUCGUCAUGGGUCUCCUUGCCAUGAAAUCUGAUGAGCUCAAGAAGAAACUCAUGUUUGCCCAGUUUGCUAUCGGAGCUGUACCAUCUCCCUUUGACUGCUACCUCGUCAACCGAGGUCUUAAAACCCUCCACGUUCGAAUGCAGCGACACGGCGAGAACGGUCUUGCUGUCGCCAAGUUCCUCGAAUCUCACGACCGAGUCGCUGGUGUCAGUUACCCAGGUCUUCCAUCUCAUCCACAGCAUGAAGUCUUCAAAACAGUCGCUCGUGGCUGCUCUGGAAUGGUCGUCUUUUAUAUCAAGGGCGGUCUCGAACAGGCCAAGACAUUCUUGGCGUCUUUGAAGGUUUUUACCCUUGCUGAAUCUCUUGGCGGAUUCGAGUCCCUCGCUGAACACCCUGCCAUCAUGACCCACGCUUCCGUUCCCGAGGAUCAGCGAGAGGUUCUCGGCAUUUCUGAUACAUUCAUCCGACUCUCUGUUGGCCUCGAAGACGAAGCCGAUUUGCUGGCUGAUUUGGAUCAAGCUCUCAAGGCUGCCCUUCCAACUGUCUAA